AUGUUCAAGGCCCUGAUGGGCGGGGGCAGGUCCUCCUCGGAUGCCCGCAGCACGACUAGCUCCGGCUUCCGUCGCAAGGCAGAUUCCAAGUCUUCCAGUAGUCGCAGAUCAACACGGGGUGACGACCGUGAUCGCGGCUUGGAUGACGAUGAGUCAGUCUACUCUCGCUCCUCGAGGCGACGGGGCACCGGCAGCAUUGCUGGCGACUCGGUCGCCUCAUCCUACGUAACCGCCGAGCCCGAGCCCAGCGAACGGGGCAGUCGGAUGAUCGUUGAACGAACACCCAAACGCAGCGACAGCGACCGAGAUAGCAAGACGUCACGUCGACGUGAGCGCGACCGGUCGCAAAGCCCGGAUCGCGAGCGAAGGAAGACUACUGGGCGCGGUACUCGAGAUGGAAUUGAUGAUGAUGAGUUGGAAGACAAGUACUCCCGCCGAGAAAUGCGCCCGGUGCACAAUUUGCGACCGACUUUGGCGGCGCUCCAGGCUUCUCAAUGCCCCCCCAUUCCCACAACGAUGACAUCUGCUCCCGAUUAUACAUCUUCGCCAGCGCAAUAUGAUCCUCACGUGCAGCAGCAAUUCCCCGGCCAGUUUCCCGAAACAGCCACCCAACCUUACUUUCCUCCUAAUAACCCUGCUGGCGCUGCUGCCGACUACUAUGGUGACCAAGGCCAGUCAGUUGCUGACCAGCCCGGUGUCAGACCGCAAGGACCGAGUGUGCUCCCAAAUACUCAGGCUCAUCUGCAAGCAGCUUCCUCCUCGGCCAAUCCCCCACCUGAACCUAGCAGCAUGGGACAGACUGGCGCCGCAGCCGACUACUUCGCCGGUGAUUUCGAAGUCCCUGAAGCUCCGGUCAAGCCAUCAAAACCAUCGAAACCUGGCAAGGUUUCGUCCAAGCCAUCGAAACCUUCGAAGCCUAGCAAGCCCUCCUCAUCAGGAAGUCUCCCUGCGGCCAUUGCAUCUGGAGCUGUUGCUUACGGCGCUGGCAACGUGAUGGCCUCAUCUCAAAGCCAAGUACAAUCCACUAGUUCUCAAUAUGCUCCCUCAUAUUCGCAGCCUAGUGGUACAGUCAGCGGGAAACCUACAACUCCGCAUAGUGUUGCCAAUGGUAUUGGGGCAGCAGCAGCAGGAGCUGCCGCCGGAUACAUCCUUGGUCACCAGCAUCAUUCGUCUAAUCCCGAGUAUGCGUCGUAUGGCAAUCAAAAUCACAGCCAGUACGCAUCUGGUGGUGUUGUGCCAUAUGGGAGUGAUCCCACCAAUCCUGGUUUAGCGUCUGAAUUUGCAGGUAAUGCCGAGUACGCUUCGCAUCCUGCCUAUAAUCCCGGAUUUUACCCCCACGGAACUGGUUCUCUAGCCAUGCGACAGCGCCCUCGUGAUCCGCUAACUCGGUUUGCUGAUUUCUGGCGUGAUCCCGAGGGCGUCGGCCGUUUUGAAGAUUACACAGAGGCGAUCGGUGUUUGUGCAGGCUGUUUCGAGCCUGGAACGAGUUCUCUCAAUGCACCUCGCAAACACCACUACCGUGGCCGCCGAUACUCGGCUGAUCGCUUGAGCAGUAGCAGCUCAUCCCGUGUGAGCAAGCUCAAUCGAUACCAGUCUUCCGAGGAUGAUACCCGAUCACGUCGGAGGUCUAAGAAUACAUCAUCAUCUUGGCUUCCAGGUGUAUUGGGCGCGUCGCUUUUUGCGGGCAAGGAAUUUCAUGACUCUUACAGCGUUCGCUCAGGGUAUGUCGCAGAUGACCGAGCUUCAUCCUUUGACGAAAGCCAGUCAGUGUCUGAUCGUCGGAGCUACACGUCCCGUGGUGUAGUCCGCCGGUCAGGCAGAGAUUCAUCGAUCGAAUACAAUUCUAAGCGCUCUCGCCGGACGCGGUCUCGCUCACGUUCUUCUUCUCGGUCAGGCCAUCGCUCGUACGUGAAGGAAGCCGCAAUCGGUGCUGCAGUGGGCUCUGCCGCUCUAGCUGCUGCCAAAUCCAGUCGCCGUAACCGCAGUCGGUCGCCCCACCGGCGCAAAGACUCCACGUCGAGCUCGUCUGUCAUUGACGUUUCUCGGUCCUCCGGGCCCAAGUCUGUUGGUGGGUUCACUUCAUUCUUUACCGCUUCAUCCGAAAACCGCACCAAGAAGAGCACCAAGAAGAAGCGGCGCGGGUUUUUCUCCUUCAGCGGUUCAUCAUCUUCUUCACUUGACAACGAUCUUGCCUUCGGCACCGGAUUCGCCAAAAAGCCUUCAAAGACACUGAAGAAGAAGAAUGGCAAGAAAACAGAAGACGUCGAUGCGGCUUUGCUAGGGCUAAGCGCGACUGCUACUGCUCUCGCUGCCUCCUCCCCCCAUGGCCGCAGCCGAAGUACUGGCCAAAUCAUGAACUCGAGGGAUACUCGGUACCUCGAUGGAAAGUACACCUCAUCUGCCAACGAAGACGACGAGUGGGUGGACGCUGAAUCUUCUGACCAGUCUCCAUCCAGUGUCAGCUCCGCAAUGGCGUUCGGUGGUAGCAGUGCUGAGUCUGGAUCUGAUUCUAGCCGCAGUGGUUUCUUCUCAUCGUUCUUCGGAAGAAAAAAGUCGCGAUCGAAAAAAUCAAACUCUUCUGCUGGUGAUGCAGCUGUUGCCGCUGGCGCUGGUGCUCUUGGAGCGGCCGCCCUGACUGCAGCUGCUCGUGACAGAGAUCGAGAUAGCAGAGUUUCAAGCAGCGCUGGUAGCCUUCAACAAGUAUAUCCCAUUCCUACUUCUGAUCCCUCGCGCUUCGACGUGACCAAGGUAUCUUCGUCGAGUGCCAGUGAUCAGCCAGCUUUUGUCCGCCCUGGCCCUAUACCUCUUCAGCAACCUCAACCUGUGAUGCCGGUCUCGCAAUCGGUGUAUUCCACACAAGGAGGUUUGCCAGGCUCGAUUCCCGCGUACAGUGGCCCAGUUCCUCCAAUAUUCGCCAAUGAGUUUGACCAAUAUGGCCCUCAGUCUCCUGCUCUUCGAGACGCUGCUUGGAUUCCUGAUGAUUCAAGUUUCGUUGGCCAUCCAAUGCCGCGCCGAUCCAACUCGUCUCCUGUCUUCCCCGCUGAGCGGAGCUCCAUGGCAGGCCCGAAGCGUCGAUUUACUUCUAAGGACCAGGCCUCUGUGUCAUGGAACCUGACAAAAGAGCAAGAAGAGCAGGAAAAUCGUGCCAACAAGCGAAACAGCAAACCCAGAGACGACUUUCAGCCCGGCGCUGUACAAUUGAUUGAUCGCGAACAAGAGCCAAUCCGCCGAGAGCCAUUGCGUGAAGAGCCUCGUCGCCGAGAUCUCGACCGCCAAGACCGCCGCCGUGUAGAGCAAGAGGAAGAGACUCAUCGAAGUAAUUCCGGAAAAGAUAAAGAUACACCCUCGUGGGUUGACCCGGUCACCUUUGGGGUUGUGGGUGCUGCUGCCGGCGCAGUAGCUACAUCUGCUCUCUCUCGCAAACAUGAGGAGGAAGCCGAACAAGCUCUUCGACGUGAAGAACGCCGUAAUAAGCGCAGAGAAGAGCGUCGUCUCACCGGCUCUGACGUGACAGAGUCCCCAAUUGUUGCUGCACCCGAACCACCUGUGUCUGAGCCUCCUGCUGCGAUUGAAGACAAGUAUGCUGCUGAGGAGUAUCAGGCUACGAAUUAUAAAGACAAGCGCGACAUAUCCUCUCCCCGCCGAAGUCCUCGGCAAUCCCCCGUUCAUGACAGUUAUGCAGACUUUUAUGCUCCCGACGAAGUAAGACAUAGCCCGAAGGCAGACGAACAUGAUGAGCAUGAGCAUGAUUAUGGUUAUAAGCCCAACAUUGUCGAAGUCGUUCCAGCCAGCGAACGCCAAUCGCGUGACAAGUCCAGGGAUCUCCCAGAAAAUCUUCCUCAGUUUGGACCUGAGCCUUAUGAGAAUCAAGUCCUUCCUUGGCCAGUUCCGAAGCUGAAUUUUAUUGACCCUACACCCCCUGUUAGCAUCAACGGAUCUUCUCUUGGCAUCUCUAUUCCAGAGACUAGUGAUGCCCCCGUCACUGCACCAAAGGAUAUUAGUCGCCAGCCAGAAAAUGCCUCCGACCGAGUUGAGCCUGAAGUUGACUCAACCCCUCACUCCGAGCCUGAAACAAUGCCUGAGACCGAGCAAUCCAAAUCCAAAGCCGAGCGACGGGCGGAAAAGAAGAAGGCUAAGCGUGAAUCAAAGCGUGAGGCCGAGCGUCAUGUCGAACCUGCACCAGAACCUGCACCUGCCGCACCUUCUGCUGCUCCCGAACCCCCAAUCCAGCCCGACAUUCAACAUGACGUUCAAGGUCAAAGUGAAUCUCAAUGGAAUGUCCAGCCUGAACCCGAACCUACUUGGCACCCGAGCCCCACCCUGAAGUCGAGGAAUUCGUUCCCCGAGAAAAACCAACAACAGGUUCUCGCGUUUCUUGGGGUUACGAUCGGACCCACGAGUAUGAAGUCCCAUCUUCUUCGGAGCAAGAUCCAGCAGAAUAUGAGGUCUCACCAUUUGAAGAGUCCCCCCCGAGAGCCAUCCCGCGAAUUCUCUCAGCCAAACUCAGACAAAUCCCAAACCAGAGACUUCCAUAAUAAGCCCAGCGUUGGAGCAGAUAUCGAUUUUGCUGCAACCGUUGCUGCUGCAACCGCAGCCGCCGGCUUUGACUCAUCUGUUGUGACGAACGACCCAAAGUACCAUACUCGCUACUCACCCCCGGGCUCAGAAGAUGAAAGAUCCUUCAUUCCCGCUGCAAAAUCUUCAGAUAAAGAAAAGCCGAAGGGACUCUUUGAGGGCGACAUAAAUGCAUACAGACCCGAGCCGUCGAGGGAUUACCGACCUUCUAUCGAACAGGCCAGUGAAGAGAAUGUCACAACGGCCGAGCCAGAGCCUCUCGCCAAGGAAAUUAAAGAAAAGGACCUCCAGUCAACCAAGAGCAGUGACCGCAGCUCAAUUGCACAGGAGGUUAUUGAGAAGCUGAACGACAAGUCCAAGGGGCCAAGCUCUCCCGAAAACAGUGUUUUGUCGAUGCCGGGAGGAUUUGACACAGUUGACGAUUUCCGAGACGCUGCGGAACCUCAUGACGACUCUCGCUCUGUUUUCUCAGCUCCACCCGAGAGAGAAAGCUCUUCGAAGUCUAAGAAGUCUCGCCGCAGCACCGAUUUUGAUAUCGCUCGUGAUAUCGGGUCUUCUGCGGAUGUUGUUUCCAGUCAACAGCCGAAGACGGAAAAGAAAAAGAGCCGUUCAAGUCGAUCUGAAGAAGUCAUUUUCGGCGAUGAAGAUGCUGAAUCUGCCGUCACAGCCUUGAAGGAUGGAGAUACCUCAGCACGUGCCUAUGAUGAUGACGAAAAGUCUCGACGUCGUAGUCACCGCUCUACAGACAGCCUCAGCUCUCCAGACGAUGCCAAAUCUAUUGCCAGCGGGUAUGAGGACGACGAGGAAAACCCCCGCCGCCGCAAGCAUCGUCACCGCUCUCGCGAUGGUGUCAACUCUCCAGCGGACGAUGACGCCCGAUCGAUUACAAGUGCAUAUGACGAAGAUGGCGAAAAGUCAAGGCGUCGCAGACACCGGCAUCGCUCCGGAGACAGUGUCAGUUCCAUCGUGGAUGAUGAUACCAAGUCAGUGACCAGCUCUUUUGACGAUGGUGAGAAGUCAAGACGCCGGAGACAUCACCACCGUAGUUCUACUGGCGAUAGUCUCAACUCAGCCGUUGAAGAUGACGCUCGGUCAGUUGUGAGUGCGUAUGAUGGUGAUGAGAAACACCGUCGCCGGCGUCAUCACCACCGCAGCUCCACUGGUGGAAGCAACAGAUCAGGCGAGGACGAGACUGCUUCUGUGACAUCCUCCCCUGCUCGGAUCGAUGAGACACGCAAACGGGGCAAGGAUGAGAAGGAAAAGAGUGGAGGUAUCUUGCGCAGCCUCUUCGGUUCGAAAGCCUCUGCUGCGUCAGCUUCUGGGAAUCGAUCUCGGUCUCCCUCAUUAGACAAGUAUUCGUCAAGGAAGGCGAUGUCUGAAGUCGGUGAGGACGAGAGUUCUCGUCGCAGAAAGCGAUCUUCCAGGCAUAGUAGCAGGGGAAGUGUCGGCGAUUCAGGUUCAGACAGAGAUAGCAUCCGUGACGAUACUUCCGAGUACAAAAAGGAAAGGAAGUCCAAGGAAGAGCGUCGUCGACACCGUUACGAGGAAAUUGUUGAUUCAGGAUCACGCCGGGACUCUUCGAAGGUAUAA